GCACAACGCACGUUCACGACCUAGCUAGAACAAAACUUCCCAAUUUAGAGUUGCUCUUCGUCCGACUCGCAGUUUCUCAGCUUCGCAUACAUCGUCCGUCCUUUCUCCUUGUUGCAGAAUAAACUGCGGGUCAAAGAACCUGCCUGGGGUUUGAUUGAUUUAAGCAUUGAAGCUCGAAGAAAGCAUCUCCGGAGUAUGAGCGACUACGGCAGCGGAGGCAGGCUCGAACGUAAUGGUGCGGAUCAUGAAAAGGACGACGAAUUCAGUGGCGGUGGUGGCACUGAGAAUCAUAGCGAUUCCAAAUCCCAGCGUGACCAUGAGAGAGAUUCUGUGAGAAGUAGGGAUAGAGAUAGAGAAAGGGUGCGUGACAAAGGGAGGGAUAGGGACAGGGACAGAGAUCGUGGCAGGGAGAGGGAUAAGGAUAGGGAAAGGGAGAAAGAGAGAGAUAUUGAUCGACACCAUAGAGGAGGAGGGCGUGACAGGAAUCGUCAUAGAGAUGGCAAUGACAGGAGAGAAAGAGGCAGAGAUAGAGACGAGGAUGAUAAUCACCGAAGCAGAGACUAUGAUCGGCGAAGAGAAAAUGAUAGAGAGCGUGAAGAUAGGCCCAGGCUUCGUUCGAAGUCUCCUUCAAGGGGUAGAUCAAGACACAGAUCAAAAUCUCGUUCUCGGUCUCGCUCCAGUUCAGGAUCACGCUCUAAGAGCAAAAGGGUGAGCGGCUUUGAUAUGGCUCCUCCUACAUCUGCAAUGGCUGCUGCUGUUGCUGCUGUCAACGCUGCUACUACAGGAACUGUUGGGCUGGUUGCCCCACUGUGCUGACAAUGGCCCAUGAGCUGACACCCCAUAGCUUAUAUGUACAAAGAGAAAUCAGGGCAUCAGUUUGAUGGUUCUUGUUCGUCUCCCACCGGCAAACUAUUGCAUGUCUUGGCCAAAUUCCUGGGUCCGCUCCUCCCAUCCCAGGAAUGUUUCCAAACUUGUUUCCGACCCCCAAUGGACAGUUUGGUUCUCUCCCAGUAAUGCCGAUUCAAGCAAUGACUCAGCAGGCUACUAGGCAUGCUCGACGGGUCUAUGUUGGAGGGCUUCCACCAUCGGCCAAUGAACAGACUGUAGCUACCUAUUUCAGUCAGGUCAUGGCGGCCAUUGGAGGAAAUACUGCUGGCCCUGGGGAUGCUGUCGUAAAUGUCUAUAUAAACCACGAAAAGAAGUUUGCAUUCGUGGAGAUGAGAUCUGUUGAGGAGGCCAGUAAUGCCAUGGCUCUAGAUGGAAUUAUAUUUGAGGGUGCACCUGUCAAGGUACGUCGGCCUAGUGACUAUAACCCAUCCCUGGCUGCAGCUCUUGGUCCUAGCCAACCCAGCGCUAACCUUAACCUUGCUGCGGUGGGAUUAAAUCCCGGCUCUUCAGGUGGGCUUGAAGGUCCAGAUCGCGUAUUUGUGGGUGGGCUUCCCUAUUACUUCACAGAACCACAAAUCAGGGAAUUGUUGGAGUCUUUUGGGGCUCUUAGAGGUUUUGAUCUAGUGAGAGACAGAGAAACAGGAAACUCAAAAGGCUAUGCUUUUUGUGUGUAUCAAGAUGUUGCUGUUACUGAUGUAGCCUGUGCUGCUUUGAAUGGAAUUAAAAUGGGUGAUAAGACUCUCACUGUUAGGCGUGCCAACCAAGGCAGUUCCCAACCUAGACCCGAACAAGAAAGUGUACUGCUACAUGCCCAGCAGCAGAUUGCUAUACAGGUAAUCAUGCUCAGGCUUAUGUUACAACCUCCGGCGACUAAAGUUGUAUGCCUAACUCAAGUAGUUACUGUGGAUGAGCUCAGAGAUGAUGAUGAGUAUGAAGAGAUAAUGGAGGACAUGAGAACAGAAUCCAGUAAAUUUGGUAUAAUCUCUUAACCCCAUCAUUCCCCUGAGUUAAUGAAAAUCUAAAAGAGCUUCUAUCAAUCAUCUUGCUAAGGGAUUUGUUUUCUUUUUCAUCUUGUGGUUUGUAUGUCUGUUUUCCAGCAUCUUAUAGUCCUACGGUCUGCUAUAGAGAAUCAGCCCUAAGAUACAGCGACAGAAGGCUGCUUAAUCUCCUGUUAAUAUAUAUGCGACGUACUCUCGAUAUAUUUGUGGUUUGGUUUGGCAUAUUUUCAUGUUCUUAUCGCAGGUACAUUGGUGAGCGUCGUCAUCCCCCGCCCACAACUGGAUGGUAGUGCUUCCCCUGGUGUUGGAAAGGUGUUCUUGGAGUAUGCAGGUGUUGAUGGUGCAACAAACGCCCGAGCAGGAAUGAACGGGAGGAAAUUUGGCGGCAAUGAGGUGGUGGCUGUGUUUUAUCCAGAGAACAAGUACUAUGCAGGAGAGUAUGACGGCUAAUGUCGUGGGAAUAGGAAAGUGCAAGUCUAAUGAAGGUUUUCUGGAUUGUGUAUUUUGAUUAUAGUUUCUUUGUUAGUAGUGCCUUAGCCCUUAGGAGGAUGGUGAUGUGAUCCUUUUAGCUUCUGAAUGAUACUGUUAUUAUAUGUAACUCGAGGAUUACUAAUACGCUCUGCCUAAGCUCUCCCAUCAAACUCCCAACUCUGUAAUGUUUACUUUCGCCCCCAAGAAUGAAUGUCAAGACUCAAGACCCUGUAACUGCAGCAAUGAAGUUGCAAGUCUGCUGCAGAUGUUUGUUUCUCGUCUUUUCCAGCACUUGCAAUUGCAAC